UGCAUUGUGGGUGAAGAGAUAUUAGCGGAGCCGCGCCAUUUUUUUGUGUUUCCACCUGAAAACGAGAAUCUCUGCUUAGUGAAGGUUUUGAAUCUUUUCCCUGUCGGAUUACAAUACGAAAACGGGUUGUUAUUAAAAUGGGACGAAAAAAGAAGAAGCAAAUGAAGCCCUGGUGCUGGUACUGCAACAGAGAUUUUGAUGAUGAAAAGAUUCUCAUUCAGCACCAGAAAGCCAAACAUUUCAAAUGUCAUAUUUGUCACAAGAAGCUGUACACAGGGCCUGGAUUAGCCAUACAUUGCAUGCAGGUGCACAAAGAGACAAUAGACGGAGUUCCUAAUGCAAUACCAGGAAGAACAGACAUAGAACUGGAAAUCUACGGCAUGGAGGGUAUUCCAGAAAAGGACAUGCAAGAUCGGAGAAGAGUACUUGAACAAAAGUCGCAUGAGAGCCAGAAGAAGAAACCGAAUCAGGAUGAUUCUGAUGAGGAGGAUGAUGACGAUGAUGAUGAAGCCGGGCCUUCAUCAUUUCAACAGCCUGCUGCUCAGCCUCAGGCUGCCUACAUGCCUCCUAUGACCCAGGCAGGCAUCCAUCAUGUUGCUCAUGCCCAAGGCAUGCCACAUGGUUAUGCAGGCAUGCCACAUAUGUUGACUGGUGUCCCACCAAUGAUUCCUGGAAUGCCACCAGUAAUGCCAGGCAUGCCACCAGGCAUGAUGCCAAUGGGAGGGAUGAUGCAUCCGAUGAUGCCUGGCAUGCCACCAGGAAUGCCACCCCAUGUUGCAAGGCCUGGCAUGCCUCCUAUGGCACCUGCAGCCCCUGUCACAGCUCCUGGUAUGGCCAGCAGACCAGCUGUACCUGCCACACAGUCUGUUGCUUCUAAACCUCUCUUCCCCAGCGCUGUGCAGAUGGGGACUGGUGUUGCGAGCCCCAGCGCCGCCCCUGCAAGUGCAGAGACACAGUCAGCCUCCUCUAAGCCUCUGUUCCCUAGCUCUGCCCAAGCGCAGCAGACUGUAUCAGGACCAUCAUCAAACACCUCUGAUUCUCCUAAAGUGACAUUCCCAGCCUACACCCAGCCUUCCUCCACUCCUUCUGUUGCUGUCUCCCCCAGCACUGUGGCCAAACCCCCUGCCACAGUCACAAGUAAGCCAGCCACCCUCACCACCUUGAGUGCUACCAGUAAGUUGAUGCACCCUGAUGAGGAUAUUUCGCUGGAAGAGAGACGGGCUCAGCUGCCUAGGUACCAGAGGCUAAUCCCUCGGUCUGGGCAGACUGCAGCGGCUGCUGCCUCGGCUCCCCCUAGUGGAGCAGUGGGAGGAAUGAUACCUCCUCAGCAGCCUGGAAUGAGGCAUCCCAUACAUGGUCAGUAUGGUGGUCCUCCACAGGGCAUGCCUAGUUAUCUGACUGGUGGCAUGCCUCCUUAUGGACAGAGUGCCCCAAUGGUGCCCUCAUACCAAGCUGGCCCACCUGGGCCUCCCAUGGGCAUAAGGCCACCUGUAAUGUCUCCAGGCAGCCGAUACUGAAACAGCGCUGUCGUCCCACUAGGUUGUACAAGUACAGUAUAUUAGACAAAGGUUCAUAAUAUAUUGAAGCCGCUGGCCUAACAGUAUCUCCAUGCACAAGGCAAGUUCCCAGUAAGAUUUCUGCUUUUAUCUUAGUAGUGAAGCCCUCACAGCACCAUACUGUGCUGUUGGACUUAACGUCCCCAACAUCAGAUUGGUGAGGGCUUCAGAUCAAUGUUGUCAUGGUGUUUUUUCUUUUAACUGUUUGCAUCCAUUUGUUCAGGGUUUAAAUAGCACAAGGGUAAAUGCAUCUCUCUGUAAUUGGUU